AUGGGGCGCAGCGGGCUGCAGAGACGCGCUUUGGCCGUUUGUCCACUGGUUUUCUGCCUUGGUUCGGUCUCUUCUCUGUUCCUUCACGUCGCUGAACGCGAACAAAGAUGUUUUAUCCAAGAAAUCCCAGAAAAAACGAAACUUGUCGGGGAUUUUUGGACUCGGCUGUUUGACGAACAGAAGGACGAGUAUCUGCCAGCCCCUGGGGACCUCUUCGUGUCCGUUACAGCCACAGAUCCUAAUAAUCAGCUGAUUCUGUCCCAGCAGGAGGGAUCCAACGGAACGUUCAGCUUCACAUCGUCCGACUCGGGGGAGCACCGGCUCUGUCUUCAGCCGAACUCCUCACAACCCUCCCAGUCUGCGAGGCGCGUGUUGGCGAUUCACAUGGACGUCAGAUCAGCUGGUCGCACCGACAGCAACACACGGAUCCAGAGUCUGAACGGCCUGAAAAAACUGCAGCUCAGAGUCAGACAGCUGCUGGAUCACGUCCAACAUAUCCAGAAGGAACUGGACUACCUGAGGAGGCUGGAGGAAGACUUCUACAACUUGAACUACAACACCAACAUGUGUAUCUUCUGGUGGCCCAUCAUCCGCGCUGUCUACGUGGUGGUUUUUGUCGUCAGCUUCACCAGCGCCUGGUAA